AGCUGGCUCAAGGUUGGCUGCGAACAGUGCUUCUUUUGGAGUGAACCUGACCGCAGUGAAACCGCGCCGCUCAGUCAUGACCCUUGUUCUGCUGCUGGCUGCAGUAUGCUGCGCGAUUCCAGGUGCAAUUAGUGGUGGAUUCGGUGGACUUGGCGGUGGCGGUUUUGGCGGUGGCGGCUACGGUGGAGGAUUCGGAUCAAGCCUUGGAUCCGGCUUGGGCUCCGGUUUCGGGUCGAGCUUCGUAUCAGGAGCGGGAUAUGGCGGCGGCGGAGGCGGAGGUGGCCAGGCGUAUGCAGCCGGACCAGCGUACAUGGUCAAGCCCCUGCAAAGCGGUGGUGGAUUUGGCGGCGGCAGCUUCGGAGGCGGCCUCUCAUCUGGCUACGGCGGAGGAGGCCACAGUUCCGCAUUCGUAUCCGGACACAGCCUCGGCGGCGGCUACGGUGGUGGCCUCGGUGGAGGCCUCAGUGGUGGCGGAUUUGGAGGCCAUGGCGCUAGCUCUAAAAUUGUGGUCCUCAAGGGAAGUGGAGGGGGAGGUUAUGGCGGAGGUCUUGGUGUUGGUGGAGGGCUUGGGGGCUUCGGAGGAGGCCAUGGCUUCGGCGGUGGAAUGACAGGCGGAAUGACAGGUGGAUGGUGGUAACCGCAGUUAGAAGGGGGUGUGUAGACCGUGAAGUGCACGGAGGUCAUCAGGCACUUACCACCAGUGGGACCAACCUUAGACUGAGCAAUUAGGUUAGAUGUGCGGUCAAACGAGCGCGAGGAUGUGUGCUUGUCGUACGCAAAAUGAGCAAAUCAGGUGUGCGGUCUGAUACCAUCAAAUGAUGUUUAAGGAAACACCUAUUAUGCGUGCAUUGUCUACCUAAUUGAUUUGACGUAAAGCGCUGCGUGCAUUUCACGAUGUAUAUUUGUACAUACUUUUUCUCUAUUCUGUACGUUUCAGUCUAAGUUCGUGCAUAUCCGUAAUACAAAACAAUUUUGUGCGUUCUACAGCUUUUUAUGCAUCUUUUGUGGUUAUGCUCUCCUUUUUAGUUAUAAUGCUAGAAAUUGCACGAUGUAGGUUUAUCGGGAAUGUCGUAUUUUUUGUUCUGUCACUCUUAAACUAUUUACUUCUGAAAUUAGCCACCAAAGCGCGAACGUGUUCCCAACCUGCACCCUGUUGGUACCGUUGUACACCGGCGAUGCUUCUUUCGUAGGUUAUGAACUACACCAGUAGACGCCCUAAGCAGCGUGUGGAGCGAAGGAUGUACACCUUGAAAGCGUCGCGUCCCGGCUGUUCGGCUUACGACACAAUGCUUACGUUUCCGCUGUGUUCGCACAUAAACUUUCAUUAUAGCAGUAGUGAACGCACGAACGUGCGGCUUGCGUUUAUGGCUUGAAAAAAAUGUAGAGCUCGAAGAUAUGCAGCAAUUACCCGACGAAGGAAAGGUGCCUUCAAUUUUGUUGUCAGCUCGCCGAGGAGUAUGACCGAGAAACAAUGACGGCAUGCUUUGAAAUUCUGGAAGGCUAUCCGAUUGUAUACAGCGAAGCUUAAGCAACAGUGAUGAAGGGUGCGUGUUGCUGCCGGGGUAGAGUGCUUUCAGGUAGAUCAGGAAGACAGCGCGCAGGGGAUAUUGCGAUUGCGCCAACGGCCUAAAGGGGUCAUGUGUUCUGCCUGACGGGGCUGCCCACUCUUUCAGUGUGUCAGUCAGCCUGAACUCGCAAGUCGUCUUCCAAAGAAACUAGGCUAGUUAACCGAAAAAAAAAGGCAACCGCUACAAGAACGUUUGCGGAUCACUUGGGGGUCAUGAAGUAGUGCCGAUAGCUGGGUGAUCGUUCUCGCGUCGGUACGGAACACAUUUUUGUCAGUUUUCAUCAGUGAGUGAAAAGUGUUGUCAGAGGUUUGCUUUAAAAUUUGCAGCCACCUUUCAUUAUAACAACGCCCAGUAAACGGCCAGAAAUAACGCGAUAAAAUUAACUGAUCCAAAUAAACGUUUUCGCUUAACAAAACAUCGCUCCCUUUCUACCCAUUACGCCCCAAUAUUCGGGGGAAAGCCCCAAACCGACUUUCGCUAUAGAAAGGACUAACGCAGUAAUUUCUGGUAAUCAUAUUAUGGAUAUAUGUAUGUGCAAAUGCGACUCAACUUGUCUGGCAUGUAGCAUCUGCACCAUGUUUUUUCUUGUAGAUAGCAGGAAGUACGCACAGCAACGCACAGCACCACUCGAAAUAGAAAAACAACACAGUAAAUGGGAGAUGUGUCCUUCUGCAGCGCUCAUCUAACGGUCAAUGCCUGAGUUACAUCACACUUUUUCUUUCUUCCGAGUGUCCAACAUAUCGCAGACAUUACUGGCUCUUGUACGCCACCUGCUUGGUGUGAACUGCUGUCAAUUAAUGCUGGUAUGGUUUUCCGUUUUUUGUCUCCGUGUUCCUAAAAUAUCGCAGGAGCUUCCCAUAACAGGGCAGCACAGAUGAACCGACAGGGAGCACACACAUAGACAACAGCCAAUACUCAUUUUGCGUAUGGAGCGCACACAGAGGGUUGCUCAUUUCAAUAUGCCUUCUCGUAAUUGAUGUCCGCUCAAGUGCGUUCGCUUUAAGAACCAUGAUAAAUUUGUAAGCAGAUUAAAAUGAGUAUUGAAUACUGCUAUCAGGAACUGCCCACUGGCACUGAGCAGAUAGCCACUUUGUUAUAUUAAUUAAAAUGAUCCCCAAAGUUUUAUUAAACAGUUUUGAGCUUGCCUUGUGAAGCAAGCAUAUUUAAGUGCGAAUGAAAAUAUACCUAUGGUACAUAAAGUAAAAAAAAAGAAUGUAUUUAUGAGCCCAUUUCAGCUACUUACUUACAUGCAAAAAAAAAAAAGAGGGAUGACAGAGAGAACGAGAAAGCAAGCUCCACAUUGCACUUAUAUUAGCUAGCUGCUUAGAUAAAAACAAAAUGGCUCGACUAGAUAGAAAUAUGUGAGAGCUCAUAAUAUCUGCCUUUACACUACCAUGCUCCUAUUCCCAAAUUCAUUUCACUCAUGACCGCUCUGCCGUGGCAAUCAUUGACGGCCGCUCCGCUGUAGUUCAGUAUAUCGACUGUCACACUCUAAAUUUUUCUCUAUUGUUAUUAUUAUUUGCUGAGCUACAUGUCGGGCACAGAUAGCAUCAUGCCAGAAGGCCGGCAGUUCUGGAGUAUGCAGUUAACGAGGUCCGAUUGGUGACCAGCAAUCGAAUGCACUCUUAACUGUGGCGUGCUACCAUGUUCAAUUUAUCCAAUUAUCUAAAUAUGCCAAUUAUCAAAUUGAGGUUUUUUCAGCAAAAGGCCGGAUGCUAUUGAGAUUGCAGAAACUGAGUGCCCCCUGAUGUCACCAGAAUACAUCCCCAUACAAGCUGGAGAUGCCUAGGCCUGUUCCAAGCUUCCAUGUUACUUCUCGUUUCGCAACGCUUAAAAAGUUGAAAAUAGUACCGAGGUUCGAAAAAGUGGGCGAUGGGAGUGACGGGCGCAAAAAAAAAGGAAUAAAGAAAAAGAAAGGACUGUGCUUUAUCAGGUGACGUGAAAUCCAAGUUCACUGUUUAGUCGAGAAGCCGUGUGCUGUUGCUCGCAUAGUGUUAGCAAUAAUAAACAUUGAUGCCACUCAAUCAGUACAUGCUAUCGAAAGAAAAUUCAAGUGCUUUCAUUUUCUACAAAGUACAGGAUAUUUCCCUACAGAAACGAAUGUAUCAUUGUACAUAUUCAAGCAUACAAUGCUCCAAGCAGAAGUCUCAUUUUCAACGGCAUGCGAGGUUUUUACAGACUGAAAAAAAUAAGGAAAGAAGACAGUGAAGAUAACGGGUGCACUCAGCAUGUGCUGGAUGAAUGUAUCUUAUUGUGUGCUUGGCGUGCCUUUCACCCAAGAAGAGUCAUUAUCUAGAGUUAGCAGUCCAUAAGUUUGUGCGUGUGGUUGGCUGUGCUGCUUUAUCAUGAAAAUAUGCGAACACUCGUCCGCAAAAGUAAGGGAUCCCUGCCCGAAAUCUUUCAAGCUCCAUUGGCGCACAGACUUGCAGAUCUCCUGUUAUUUUAAGAGGUGCCUAUUAACAAAGAAAGCUACAAGUAACCUAGAACAAUAGCAAUGACAAGUGACAGUGCAAUGUGGCGAAGCCGCUCUUUCGGAUGUCAAGAAGAAGGGGGGUGCAGAAGAGGUCUCUAACUUUGGUCCACUUGUGCAGCCCGCUGACUAUUUCUUUCUCUUCUUCUUCGUUAGAGUGCAUUUAUACCAAAGUGCAAGCGGACCCGAAUUCUCCUCAUAGUUAUUUAGUUUACGCGAAUACAAACCUGUUUGCAACAUUUAAAUAGUUCCAAAAAUGUCCAGUUGUUGCAUCUCUUUCGUGAUUCUGCGCUGCGCACAUGAAUGUUUCUUCCUGUAAAUAAAGGCAUCAUAUUGAAAUUGCUAUGCAUAGAUAGUAUGCAUAGCAUACCUGUUGCGAAGCUUUGUUUUCUUUUCCAAACCAGUGACAUGUAUAUAAGUGGUGUGUCUGAAUAAAACAGUCUAUUCAAUAACA